AUGUCUGUAUUGCAUACUCCCCCAACAUCCCCUUCUAAUUCUCAGACUUCCGGCAAUGGGUUCCGACCCCUCACACUCACUCAGGCAGAUAUUGCAGCUACAAUGUCAAUGGCUGCAUCUCGCAUCCGAGCGUCCAUCUCUCAAUAUCAGAUGGAGGCUGCCCACACCCAGGAGCCAUCUGCUACUCGGAUCACGCACUUUAAAGCCGGGCUGCAAUGGGAGAUAGCUACUUUUGUGACUUCCAUCCUGCAGUACUCAGCUGCAAGUAACAUCAUUUCGGUUGUUCCGAGCCCGGUUGCUCAUAUUCUUCAGUUGAUUCCCGAGCUCACCUGGAACAUGGUUCUGGACCACAUCUUUUCAUCCCACCUAUGCCAGUUUCAAGACAUCGCAGAUCUGGGGGAUCCCUCCCGCAUUGUAUCCACCUAUGGUACUCCAUGGUGGACCGGAUCAACUGCCAUCCCGAACGAAUUAUGGCCAUGGGAUCAGCAAAUAUCGAGUCCCGACUAUCAAGUACCGGGUACCGUGUACCGAAACCCGAAACCCGGUACUCAGUAG